AUGGAAAUUAGAGCUCGUGAAACUGAAAAAGAAAAAACUAUUAUUAAGAACCAGGUUCAUGCACUUGAUAUAGCUGUUUUAGAACUUAGAUCUGAAAAUUUGAAAUUGAAGUUAGGAACAUGUAAAGAAAUAGCUAGUGACACCUACAAGAAGAUCAUAUUAGAAACAGAAGGGGACUUGGAUUUGGAAACUCUGCACCUAAAUGGGAUCUCAAAAGCAAGUACCUCACACUUUCUAAGAAUAAGAUUUGCACUCACUGUCUCCAAGGACUUGGUGAUAUGGCUGCCUAACAUUACGCUCAAGGAAGAUAAAAUAUAUGGAACUGGUCCAUAUGGAUCUGUGCGGACCAAUGAGGACAGUGAGCAGAUGUGUAUAGGCCUUUGUGCUAAAUUUCAGGCAAAUCCAAAGGAAUCUUACUUGAAGGUAGUCAAGAGGAUCUUGAGAUACUUAAAAGGAACAACCGAUUUUCGCCUAAUGUAUCCAAAAGGUAGUAAUUUUGAUUUAGUACGAUAUGCUGAUUAUGAAGGUUUUCUUGUGGAUAAAAAGAGUACUUCAGGUAUGGCACACUUUUUUGGUUCAAGUCUUGUGUCUUGGGCCGUCAAAAAGCAAAACUAUGUAGCUUUGUCAACUGCUGAAGCUGAGUAUGUAGUUGUUGCUUCGUGUUGUGUUUAA